AUGUUUUGGUUGGGUGUGACUUAUGCUUUCUUUUGGCUGGGUGGUCUAUCAGAAGGUGAGUCAUAGUAUAAUUUCAGAAAACGGUACUGGUGAAUUAUCAGAAAUUUCAAAACUUCCUUUGAGAAAUUUAAAUUUUGCAAAAACGUUUCAUUAAUUCACUGUUUCCAAAUCUUACAUUCAGGAUAAAAAUAACUAGGAAAAUUUAUAAAAUUUUGAAGAUAUCAAAUUAUUUUCUUGGAAAGUCUUUAUAACUUAUCUAGAGGUUAAAUGCACCAAUACUUUUAAAUACACAUUUUGCUCGUUCGAUAUUCGAUUCUAAAUUGAGUUUCCUGAUAAAUUAGUAGUUCCAAAAGGACAAAAUAUAUGUCUAGUCUCAACAAUUGUAUGAAAAGUGCAUUUUUAUCACGAGUACGUGAGAUAUCAUUCUCAAAGAAUUGCUCAUAAUUAUCAUCAUGUAAUAUUUCGAAAACUCAAAAAAUCAUGAUUCAUUACACCUGACGCAUUUUGCUAAUUAGCAAAUAAUCUCUAGUGUAGUGGAGGUCAUAACAGAAUUAUGAAAACCUAAAUAAAAUACUCAAUUUUGAGCCGGCAAAACUACAAAAGAUUGCCAAUGGAAUGGAACUGUGUCAGCACUCGACACUAAUUGCACCAAUAUAAAUGCGCCCAGUGGUUUGAUCUUAAAUGGCACCGAUGAUAUCAAGGUAGAAACUUCAAAUUAUAAUCUUUUUGAUAACCUGUAAUUUUCAGGUUCUCUACAAACAAUUUGCACAUGUUACCACAGUUACCGGGUGUAUCCAAAUUUCAGGAACUACUUAUGCUAGAUUUGAUUUUUUCGCUAGAUUGAGAACUAUCAAUUGUUCCAACUCAAGUAAGCCUAAAAUUAAGUUAGAAAAAUAAAUUGAUUUUUGAAAUUUUCCAGGUUUCACUGUUGAUUUCAUGGCUUCAAACAACUCAAUGUUAGAGAGAUUAGGAAUGCCAAUGGUUCAAAUAAGUCGACUUGGAUUAACAUUCAACCCAAAACUUUGUAUCACUCAAAGUGAAGCAGUUCGAUUCACAAAUGUUCAACGAGGACAGUCAGAUAAUAUCACAAUCUGUCAGGGAGUCAGUGGGAAUUUGAAAGAAUGUUCAUCUACUAUCAACUCGGCAAAUGCUGGUUUGGAGGAUAAUUGUGAGAUUAUUACUGAGAACUUGUAUGUUGAUGGAGUCAACAAUGCAAAUAUUUCACAAAAAUUGCAAUAUAUCAAGGAAGUUAAUGGUAGAAUUUAUGUUCGAGCAACAACUUUGACCAAUUUGACAAUUCCAAUGUUGCAAAAGGUUUACGGUGCAGAAUCCAGUUACAACACAGGUAAUGUUCAUCAGAGACUAUUUUUUGAUAUUUUUCAUGAUAAUUUAUUUCAGAUUUUUAGUUACAGAAUAUACAUAGAAUUAUAUUUUUUUUUUGAAAAAAGGCAGGUGAUAAAGUUUGAUCAACUAGAAGUUUGGUCUCCAGAUAGAAAUAAUUUCAGAUGACUUCAAGUCAGACUAAAAUUGAGGAAGUGAAAAUAUAAACGUAUGACAUUUUUUCAGUCAACGAUGCAACGAUCUACGUAGUCGGCAAUUCGAAUUUCACAACUCUUGAUGUUCCAAAAGUUGAUUUCAUGGCACAAAAUGAUUAUUCUUUUCUGACUGCUGACGCUUCUUACAAAAUGGAUCAAUCACUCUGCAAUCGUUUGUCUCCGUUUGGAAGUGUUCAAUCAAAUGGAACAGUUUGCGGUAAGAUGACCGAAAAAAAAUAACAAAACUUGAUCUAAAAACUAUGUCAGCGCGUUUCGGAUGUUUACUUUUCUCUCUUCGAAAAAUGACUGAUUCACUUUUUCUAUUAUGAUAAGAUAGUUAGCGAAAUCAUUAAUGUUCUUUGUUUUUUCAGUUUCCACUGGUUCAAAAAUUGGAACAACUGCUUCAAUGGCUCUCGGAUUGCUCGCCUGUUAUUUUUUGUAUCACUAA